AUGGCCGACGCGGACCAGCCGACGACCAAACGCCCCAAACGCUCCAACGACGCGCGCUUCCCCGUCGCAAGUUGCACCCCUGCUCCUCCUUGAUCGUUCAGGAACUGACCUCUUCCCUCUGACCACAGGCUCGCAUCAAGCGCCUGAUCCAAGCCGAUGAAGAAGUCGGCAAAGUCGCACAAGCCACCCCCGUGCUCGUUUGUACGUUCCGCCCCGCUCCGUCCUUUGAACGUCUUGCUCACCCCCCACCCCCCCCCCCCCCUCCGUGGGUUCUGGUUUCCCAGCCAAAGCGCUCGAGUUGUUCCUGCAACAACUCGUCCAAGCGCUCGUUCAAGAUUCCCAAGCGCGCAACGUGCAAAAGAUCUCGGCCCACACGCUGUACGCCAAAGAUCUGGGCGCACGUGACCUGGCCUUCCCUUCACAAGUCUAAUCCUUCUCACCUCUCGGUCGCACAGUAAACGGGUGAUCAACACCGUUCCUACGUUUGACUUUCUUUCGGACUUGGUCCAACACGUCCCCGAUCCGAUCCAGGCCCAGGACGAAGCCUCCAUCGUCGAGGGGGACCAGAAACCCCGAACGACCGCUGCUACUUCAGCCACGGCUACGGGAUCCAGAUCGAGUGCGAGGGGACGGAAACCGGUGGCCAGGCUGGCGGACUAUGCAACGGAGGAAGGCAGUGCGAAAGAGGCUGGUGCCAAGGAUGAGGAUGACGAGUAUGACGCGUAA